GUUCCACGGGUAAUGAAACUCAUCACCACCUCUUCUUUGAAUGUGAGUACUCUUCCAGCAUCUGGAAGCAUUUUGUGCAGGCUAUCCUACCUGCUACACCCCUUGAUGUGCAUUCAGCAGCUGCCAUGAUCUCUCACCUCCGCCACCCUUCUCAGGCUCCACCUGUCAUCAAGCUUAUCUUUCAGUCCGCCAUCUACCUCAUCUGGAAGGAACGCAACGCCCGGGUCUUUACCUCUGCCUCCACUUCUGCUGCUGCUCUUCGUUCCGCCUUAGACCGCCUGAUACGAGAUCGCUUGCUCUCCUUUCCAUCCCCGAACCCCACUCCGUCGCUGCUGCAGUUCUAUUUUUCUGGCCCUAGGCCUCCUUGAGGUUGUUCUGUUCUUGAGUUAGGUUGUUUUGUUUCUUUUCUUUCCGCACAAUAAGUUGUCCGCAACAGUUUAAAAUCUCGAAAAUGGUAUAAAUUUAACAUUUUACCAAAAAAAAAAAAAAUAUUAGAAUUUAGAAGGGAAAAUAAAGAAAAUACAAACCGGAAGGAACCGGGUGUGAAAGCAAAUCAAUGUGGGCAAUUCCAAGCUAGGGAGAGAGUAGCUAUCAAGAAAAUGAGAGGAAGAGUAAAAAGAAAAAGACAAAGGAAACCUAAGCUGCUUAUCUAUAAAGCCAUCACAUUAUUCUUACCCUUUUUGCCCACACUCAUAGCCCAUCAUCAUCAUCUCUACAUACACCGUAUUACAUACACUCACCCCACAUGAAUGUCUUUAUAAAUACUAUUGUAUAGUACUGGUCCAAGGAUCCAAGUUGAGAGAAAGAUAGUGAGUUCAGAGCCAAUCUUGUGAAAUCUAGAAAAUAAAAAUCUUUUUCAGAGAGGAAAGAAAAAAAACUCUUUGUUUUUAUUAAAAAGAAAAAAAGCAGAGUGAAAUAUGAAGAUUUGGUGUGAUGUGUGUGAUAAAGAAGAAGCUUCAGUGUUCUGUUGUGCAGAUGAAGCAGCUCUUUGUAAUGGUUGUGAUCGCCAUGUUCAUUUCGCUAAUAAGCUUGCCGGAAAACAUCAACGAUUCUCUCUCACUUCUCCUACUUUUAAGGAUGCUCCUCUCUGUGAUAUAUGCGGGAAGAGGCGUGCAUUAUUAUUUUGCCAAGAAGACAGAGCAAUACUAUGCAGAGAGUGUGACAUUCCAAUACACCAAGCUAAUGAACACACUAAGAAACACAAUAGAUUCCUCCUUACCGGCGUCAAGAUCUCUGCCUCUCCAUCCACAUACCCGAAAGCCUCCAAUUCAAUCUCCACAACAGUAUUGAGCCGGGCCAAAACCAGACCAAAAUCUGUAUCAGGUGAGGUCCCGAGCUCGGCCUCUAGUGAGGUCUUUGCGAGCUCUCCUUCGACAACUACGAGCAAUUACUAUUACGGGCUAGAUGAAAACUAUCAUCAAGUAAGCGACUCUGGUUCUGGAUCGGGCGGUACGGGCAGUAUAUCGGAAUACUUGAUGGAAACUUUACCGGGUUGGAGAGUGGAGGAUUUGCUUGAACAUCCUUCUUGUGUCUCCCAUGAGGAUAACAUUAUCAGCACUAAUAACAAUGAGUCCUAUAUGGUUUACGAUGGUUCUUUACAGUACCAUCAUCAAGGGUUUUGGGAACAAAAACCUUUUUCCUGAACCAUUUCAUUUGGUUGUUGGAGUUUGAUAUUACGAAUCAAACCAACUUUUGUUGUUCUGUCUUUCUCGAAGUAUAAUUUUUUUUUUUGCAAGGAAGAAUUUGUUUGUCUUUGUCAACAAAAA